GUCACCUCUAGCUCCCCAAUUCCAAGACUUCAACAAACGCGCUUGAAGAUGGCUAGCUCAACAGCAUUCAGCUCGAUGAAAUGGAGUCUUUAUCCAGAUGAUAUAUCUGAGCACCACACCUUCGAGGUACCCUAUUGGGCGCGGACUGUAUUGCUCUUUGACUUUGCCAUAUUCUUGCCCAUCAUCGUUAUUUUGCGCUACACCUUGCCCAAUGUCUAUCCAGUAUUUGCCAUUAUAGAAGACAAGAGCCUAGAAAAGGAGCCUAUUGGAGACGAUUCUCUCGAGCCCAACGAUGUAUCCAGCGAGUCAUUACCCGUCUCUCGGUCCGAUGAUGACCAUGGACGAACAAACACCUCGUCUCCAUCUGCCAUCUAUCGACUCCUGGUGAAAAACGGUGGCGUCUUGGCCAACUGCCGCGGCCUCGCCUUUGCUCUAUUGCAAACGAUUCCCACGACGCUUUACAUCGCUUACCACGGCCGGUAUUUGAGUAACGAAUAUCACAUCGUCGCAAGAUUGUUCUUUUCCCUUUUGUUAGUCCAAUUCUCUACACUGUGGCUGCACAUCGUCAUCGCUCAAACCGGCCGACCGUUCGAGAGCCGCAUCCCCCCCUUUAAGCGUACAUUCCGGGCAACCUGGCUGGCAACUACUCUUCACUGGGCUGCAGUGGAGUUUACGGGACUGUUUCCUAACAUGGUCGCCUCGAGCAUGAACAUCAAUUGGCCCUCUCACCACUUCUUCGGGCCGGACAAUACCUACCGCUUUCGCCUGGACAUGGUCGCCGGCGAUGCCAUCUUCUUCUGCAAGUGUGCCGCCGUUAUUUUUGCCACCGUCGUCGGCUCCAUCUUUCUUGUGGUGCCGAGCCAAGUGGUCUUGACGCGAAUCCAGGCGUCUCUUCUCCCUGUGGAGGACAGCACCAUUGUUCCCUUUGACCGUUCUUUCGGGGGCCGGGUCCAGCCGGAUACUGGAAGUGAUCGGGAUUAUGCCACGAUUUCGGAUGCAUGGCAUACUUUCUCUCGGGCCCAUUGGUGGGGGCUGGUGAUUCUUUCCUUGAAGAUCAUCUUCAUUUCCCUGUCGCUGAUCGUGUUGAUGAGCGUGGUUAUCGUUUUGCAGUGGUUUAUGAUUGUGACACAGGGCAUGGAGCCAAAUGAGGAACUUUAGAUGUUCACAUCAUAGUACUUUUGUCGUUGCAAAUACAUGGAUGUAUAAUAAAAAGCUCAAAACCUUUUCCCCUAUAUACAACUCUGCCAC